CACCGCUCCCCCUAGGUUACCUCGUUGCCAUUGACGUUGAAUCCCUUCAUUGCUCCCAACAAUUGCUCGAUAUGCUCGACUAGGUCAAUCACUAUCGGAUGUCAAUAUCUCACUUCCCUCUGCUUUACUGAAAUCCCAUAUUGAACACGUAUCAUCAACAACAUGCCGGAAAUAUACAACGGCCAAGACGGCUCCAGUAUGGUCGCCACCAUCACAGCCCCCAUCCAUGAAGAUAAAGAAGACUUAUACGAUACCCUACCACCCGAGAUCCUCGACCAGAUCCUUCUGCAUCUCGACCACGCUUCUCUCUUCUGUUGCAUGACGCUCUCUAGGCGCUGGUCCCAGUGCGUCAUCCCGCAUCUGUGGCAUUCGCCCUAUAUGACGUACUACGUCUCCUGGAUGAAGCUCCUCAAGACUGUGAUCAGCACCAAUCCUAGCGCCUCUAACGCCUGUGCCACCGUCAAGAGCCCGAAAACCAACCCUACGAAUGGACAAGAAAAAUGUCGAAAGGGCAGCCUUGAUUCUUCGCCGGAAAGGACGGCGUCUCCGCCACGUGCACCACAACAACAAAUGAAUACGGAACGGCUUAGCCAGGAUCCGUAUGGACGCAUGGCAGGGUCGCCAGAAAUGUUAGCGGCCAGGGGAGGGACGUUUGUGCGCGGAUUCUCAGUCCAGGAGGAGGGCUCAUCGGAUACGGCAAAUGGAGGUGAUGGAGACGGUGGUGGUGAGGAUGAUCCAUCGGGGUUGUUGAGGUUGGCCGAGAGUCAGCGACAACAGCGGGUGCAAAUCGGUUGGGGCGGGAACUGCACGAGCGAACACCAGGUCUCGCCGAUGACGACAGCAACGGCGGAUGGAGCAAAAGGAUUGAGAAUAGCGCGUGCCAAUGUGGAAUCGACGACAACUAUGUCCACAGUCAACAACACCCAUAUCCACACCCACACCAGCAUCAACAGCAAGGACAGCAACUCCCCAUCUUCGACUCUCACAAAGCCAAUAGCAUCGAUACCUAAACCUACGCCCUUCGCCCACCCCGCUUACGGCUCUCUGAUCCGCGUGCUCGACUUCUCCCACCUCUACUACAUCAUCUCCGACCAAUUCCUGACCCAUCUUUUCCCACAGAUCCCCCUCCUUCAAAGCCUCCUUAUCACUGCGCCCAAGCAAUUCUCCGACACAUCCCUACACAUCCUCGCGACUUCCUGCCCAAACCUCCGCCGUCUCGAACUCGUCGGAUGCACACGCAUCUCUGACGCAGGACUCGCCCCGAUUUAUGAGCAAUGCCAAAAGAUCCACGUCCUCAAUCUCUCGAAUAGCCGGUCUUCGUCUUUUUCUGCAGGACUUGGUGGGAUCACGGGCGAGACCUUCACCCGUCUCGCCGCCGCAGGACUUCCCCUCCACAUCUUGAGCCUUGCCAAUGUCAAUGCCUCGAUCACGGACCAGAACCCUGGGCUCUUGAGUAUCGCCCUCGAGUGCAAAUCUCUCACGUCUCUCAACAUCGCGCACUGCUCUGCCUUUGUCACGGAUGACUUACUCUGCAGCCUUAACGCCUCAGGUCUACAGACCUUGAAUGUUGCCUGUUGCAGCAAGAUCACGGACCGCGGUAUCGAGGCCCUGGCAAGACGAUGUCCUGAUCUGAGGGAACUCGAUAUCACAGGUCUGGAGAAUGUGACGGAUAAGGGGAUGAUGGAGAUCGGGAGGAGGUGUUCGAGGUUCUGGAGGUUGGUGAUGGAUGAGGAGGACUUUCAGGAGGGCAGGAUGUCGGAGGAGGUCUUAAGAGGCUUUGCCUGGGGCCUCGAGGCGGUGCGGAAGAGGAGACCGAUGAUGGAACGGAGAAACUCCAGGAUCUUUUGAGUACGACAUAGUGAGGUAGAUCGAGGAGACAUGGCAAUGUAUAUGUAUGUUUAGAUAUACGAAUUGUACGACGCG